GCAAUAAUUGUAUAAUACAAUAUACAUACAUAUAUGCAACAUACUAUGUAAUGUGAACAGACAAGUAUAAAAGUAUACGUUAAUAUUUUUUAUUUAAUCGAAUUUAUCGGGCGAAACGUGAAUGUUCAGAUGGUUCAAUAGGGACUUAAGGCAUGAGUAUUCAGCAAGCGUUGUACUAUCAUACCCGCUUAGCCUUUAAACUCUGUUCAUGUAACUUUUUUUUAAGGAUAAUGAAGAAAAUUACGGUUUAUAGCAUUUUUAUACUUUUGUUGUUAUUUGGAGUCUUUCAUUGCCAGAAGUUGGAUGACCGACGCAUAGAUGAAUUUGUUAUCCUGACUAAAACUUAUUCAGAAACUAUUACUUUUCUUGUAAACGACACUGAAAAGUAUGAAAUUGUGGACGUGAAUUGUAAGCUGUUGGGCAGAAUAAACGUUGAUUAUCACGGAAAAGACACAUGUUAUGAGCUUAAGCCAUGCAACAGUUAUGUGGCUACAGUUUCAAUUAAAGCUUUAAAUGUCGAAGAGGAAAGCAUUGUGAACAGAACAAUUUACACAAGUACGGAAUAUUCAGAGCCGUUAUUGCAAGACUUUUUUAUAGAAGAAUAUGGAAAGGAUCAAUUUAAAAUAAGCUGGGAUAACCCAAAAUACCACUCUUGUGUUUCGCGUUAUAAUAUAAAGUGGUUUACUAUGGACUGUCGGGAUGAUAUAGAUAAAGACAAGCGAGUCAAAGGAAUAAGUUCAAUUAAAACAGACUCAUUUUCACACAAAAAUGUUAAUAUACCCAUUGGAUAUAAGCAAGAUCCUUGUCGUUGGUCAGCAAACUUGUCAGAUACGAUCACAACAUAUAUAAUAAGUGAUUUAAUUGCAUGUGAGCUAUACUUUGUGGAAAUUUACAUAAAUAAUGCUACAGCGCCCAGCAUUGGACCGAAAAGUUUCAACUCACACGAAAUAGUUCCUGAGAUCUCUAACAUAUCUCCAACAAAAAUUAAUGCAACUGAAAUGGGAAUAUAUUGGAAUGUUUCAGUGAAAACAAAAAAGUGUGUGGAAGCAUAUGAAAUUUAUGUAUAUGGCCCAUUGCAACGGGUAGAGGAAAAUCAAAUAAUUUAUUGGGACAAAACCAUAGAAAGCAAUUAUGUACUUAAAAAUUUAGACGCAUGUGGUCUAUAUAAAAUAAGCGUAUAUGCUGUAUCUAAUAAUGGUUCGCUUGGUUUGCCAAAUGAAAUAAUCUUACAAACUUUGGAAUCACAACCUACAUCUGUCCAAGCUGUCAAAAUAAUAGCGGAAACGCAAGCGUUAAAUAUUUCAUGGAGCUCUCCUCAGUUUGCGAAUUUAUGCAUAAUUGGAUACCGUUUAACGGGAUGGAUUAAUAAAAAUUCCUCUAGUCAGCGUUUUGAUAAACAAACGAAUGGCACAUCAUUGUAUAUUAACGGUCUUUAUGCAUGCCAGUCAUAUACUAUUCAGAUUAUUCCAACUACUAGCAAUUUUGAUGGCGAACCAGUAAGUACAGAAGUUGAAACUCCAGCAAAGGUGGCUAUGGCAAGCAAUAUUCAAGCUUUAGCCCAAUAUCCAAAUGCUCUUGAACUUAGCGCCGUUGAUUCUAACUUCGAUAACAAAUGUGAGACCAUAAUAGCACGAUUUCUAUGCGAGGAAAGCAAGCCCGGUAACGCAACAUAUAAGGUCGCCAGACAAUACGUUGAGGGUCAAGUCAAAGGUGUUACAUUUAAAGCGUUUUUGGCUCCACUUUCACCAUAUACAUCAUACAGAUGCGGAAUUGCUUUAUUCAAUGUUGCCGGAUGGUCUCCCGCGGAAGAAACUAUUUUGUGGACACUACCAUUCAAUCCAACUCCACCAGAACAUUUAACACUGAAGUCAUCAACGAACAUUUCAUUACAAUUUGAGUGGAGUUUACCAAUGUAUUCUAAUGGUAAUAUAAAGUUGUACAUUUCGUAUUUUCAAUACAUUGGACCAAAAUAUUUUGUGCCUUCAAAAUGUUCGUUCGUAACUACGGAAGCCAUACCGCGAGAAACGGCAAGUUUACAACAGACUUUUCAAAACUUACUCGCAUAUACCUCGUAUAGCAUUCAAGUAGCAGCUCAAAACGAAUAUGGCGUGGGACAUUAUAGUAGACCACUUGUAGUGGAAACUGCACCAUGGAUUUCAGAACCACUUGAAGACCUUAACACAGCAGUAUUUGGUCCGUAUCCUACGGAAAACCAAUAUCAAGCACAUGUUAUGAUCACGUGGACAAUUCCUUGUACCACAAAUGGAGAAAUCAACACAUUUCAGCUCAAAUUUUUCGGUGAACGUGAAGGUGGACCAAACCAUACAUACACUCGUACAAUAUUACCAGUUUAUGAUAGUAAUGGUUCAGUUACUUACAAGGAAACUAAUUUAAAACCUGAUUUUGACUACAUUGUCGAAAUCACUGUAGCUAUAAAAAAUGUGAGCUACAGCAGUCAGCCAACCUCUACACGAUUCAAAGCACCUUCCGCAAUACCUGAAAAGUUAGAUGACCAGGAAGUUCAAAAUAUAGCAGUUGACUCAUUUGCUUCACACAAUCCAACAAAAACUGCAGUAGUUAAAUUCCCGAUUGAUAUGCUAAAUACAAAUUUGGGAUCAAUAACAUAUGUGGCUUUACUUGUAUCUGAAAAGGGAUGUAGUCCAGCUCCAGAACUUCGAUUUGAUUCUUUGAACUCGUACGAAAGUUGGCCAUAUGUUAUGUCUUGGAACGAUGCCUAUGCUAAUAAUAAUAAAAACUGUAUUCAUCAAUACCAAUCUACAGAAGUUCGUUGGAAUCCGUUAAAUGGAUUAUAUUCUAAUGAAUCUUACAUAACUUAUAUAAUUGGAAGUAGAAUUUGUGCCGAAAGUUUAUCAGAGAUGUGUUCGAAUUUCAGUGAAUGCAUAACUGAAAAAAUAUAUUGCAAUGGGCCGUUAAAGCCAGCUACUGAAUACUACGUAGUCUUUCGAUUUUUUACAAGAUCUGGUUAUAACGAUGUGGCACUGUUGGAGUUUGCAACUGACUCUGUUUUUCAAUUGACGCUAAUUAUUAUCUGCAUUUGCGGAUGUUUACUUCUAUCGUUGUGUGCUGGCAUUUCAUACAUUUGGAUUUCAAAACGAUUAUUUUGGCAGAAAGAUUCAUGUCAUGUAAUCGAAGACUCACUCGGUGACAUUGCCGGAAAGACUUUCGCCAUUUACUAUAAAACAUUAACUAAAGCAGAGAAAGUAAUAAGGGAGUAUAAAGAAUUGGCAUUUGUUGCGACAGACCUCAGCUAUUCGGCAUCAGAAACAGCAUCAAACAAAAAUCGAUACACAGAUAUAUUUCCGUAUGAUAAAAAUCGAGUUUUAUUAGAUGUUGAUGACGAAGGUUCCGACUAUAUUAAUGCUUCUUUCAUUGACGGUUAUAAGAUAAAAAAAGAAUAUAUUGCUUCACAAGGACCCAAAUCUGAAACUACUAUGGAUUUUUGGCGUAUGAUUUUACAAUACAAUGUUCGUAUAAUUGUAAUGUUAACUCAAUUUCAAGAAGGAACAAAUAUAAAAUGCCACGAAUAUUUCCCUUAUAACUCAAAUGGAGUUUCCGUUACUAUCAGGAGAAAAACAUGUUUCGAAUAUUAUGACCGAUCUGAGAUGUUAAUUACUCAUGAUAAGUAUGGAUUAAAACGGAAAAUUGACCAUUUCUUUUUCAAAAAAUGGCCGGAUCACGGAUGUCCCAAGGAUCCUGCACAUUUGAUAAGUUUUAUACGUAAAAUAAAAAGUUAUCGAGUAUCUGGUUAUUCGCCAAUUGUGAUUCACUGUAGUGCAGGAGUUGGACGUACUGGCACAUUUAUCGCAUUGGAUAUAAUAAUACAACGUUUGAAGUAUGAGUUUAAGAUAAAUAUUUAUGAAACCGUUAAAAAAUUAAGAUUUCAAAGAAUGAAGAUGGUACAAACACUGGAACAAUACACAUUUUUGUACGAAUCUGCGUUUGAACUUGUCCGUCAUAAAAUUAAAAACAAAUUGUCUGAAGAAAACAAAUUAAAUUUCUCACAUAAAACCGGUACAACGACAAAUAUAAGUAUUUCUGAAUAG